AUGUCAUUGGAACGUGAAGAAGAUGUAGAGUGCCUGGUGAAGGAUUCCGAACGACAAGAAUCAAUCAAAGAGCAUCGACAUGAACUUGGCUUGAAGCACCCUAUUACGCUCGACACGUAUGAUCUUUGUGAAUAUUGUCACAGAAAAAAGGUUUCCGAUUUCAAUUUCCAAUGCUUAAAAACAUUCUUUGUCACCUUGAAGUUAACUUUAAGUCGAAGGACAAGAAGCAAAUUCUCGUACACAAAUUCAAAAACGUUAUCAGCGAGCGCGAAUGUGAUGCCAUGCACUACGAAUGAUCUGUUAACAUACUGCCACAAACAAGUGGAAACUCUUCUCAGUUUGCUGAUCAAGAAUUUACUCACAAAUUUCGCGGAAGUGAAAGUGAAGAGUUAUUAG